GUGCAGCAAAAACUUGCAAAAAGUUAAUAAAACUUUUGCCACUGCUGUUGGGUAAUGAAAUUAGAAUAUCGCAAGCAUACCAAACGCAAAAGAGAGCCAAAAAAAAAAUAUAUAUAAAUUUCCAGCUUUCCAUGUUUUGCCAUCUCUGGAAAUGAUCAGCGGCCAUUAAGCCGGGCUUGGAUGGCAUCGUCUCUGCCGUAAGCCAUAAAUCUCCAACUUCGGAGGAGACUCCACCCUGUUAUGUUUCAAUUUCCUUUGGCACGAACAUUUUGGUAAAUUAAUCCAUUAAAGUUUCGCCAUGAAAAUGCACAAAAGUUUUCACAUAAAAAGGCCAUGCAUCCCGCUCGCACCGAGCUUAGGCUGUCUCCAUCUUCCGCCCAUAACUCCCUCAUAAGAGGAAGUCGAACUUCGACAGGCGUGUCCCGCUCAUUGAUAAUUAGACCCUGUCGACGUCUCCAUGGCCGUCGAUUUCAGUCUUCGACCCGCCCCAUUAGCCAAUUUGUACUUCAUUAGCGCCGUGUUGUUCGACUGGGUCUGUGUGCCGCUCCUCGACUAGCUUGCCAGGACUAAUGAGUCCUAUUUGUAGUGGAAAAGGUGUAUUAUACCUGAUUUUGGCUCUGAUCACCGUCGGUUUGGCCGCCCCAUCCGAGCGGAUUGAGACAGAUCCAGAGCUUACUGCUGGAUAUAUCGAGGGUGAUAUGGUGCCUAGUGGAAUGUCGAGGAAUAUUUGGCGCAAUGAGACCUAUCGUUGGCCCAAUCGAGUCAUCUACUAUCACAUCAAUAGCUAUAUAGACGAAGAGCAUCGGAACCACAUUGUAAGCGCCAUUCAAAAGAUCGAGUCCAUAUCGUGUUUGACUUUCAAGGAGGCCACCUCCGAUCAGAAAUACUAUGUGAAUGUGACCUCCGAGGAGGGCGGUUGUUUCUCGUAUAUCGGUUACUUAAACCGAGUUCAACAACUAAAUCUUGAAAAUAAUGAAAUAGGAGUCGGUUGCUUCCGCCUCUAUACGAUUGUUCAUGAGUUCUUACAUGCCCUGGGAUUUUUCCACCAGCAGAGUGCCGCCGAUCGGGAUGAAUAUGUGCAGAUUGUGGAGGAGAAUAUCACCGAAGGCAUGGAGUUCAAUUUCGAUAAAUAUACCGAACAGACGGUCAACGAUUUUGGCGAGAAAUACGACUAUGGCAGCGUUAUGCAUUACGGUCCCUAUGCAUUUUCCAAAAACGGCGAGAGGACAAUAGUGGUUUUGGAGGAGGGCAAGGAAGAUGCCAUAGGCCAGCGACUGGAGCUGAGUGAAACUGAUAUCAAAAAGCUAAACGCCAUGUACAAAUGCCCUACUGUUUAGGAAUAAACACUGUUUAUCGUAUCGCCAUUCAGAGUUUUCUACCGGCGUAAUGAAGAUAAAUUUCGUUUCAUUAUUGUCAUCUUUUGCUCAAGCGAAAUAUAAUCUGUUUAUUGUGUUGACAAAUGCAA